GUCGGUGUUUUCCACUAUCCGGUCCGGUCUGGCGAGUAACCUUGAUCCUUUCGCGAGUCGUAUGUGACAGCCGCCGUUCGGGUGGAUCGGUUAGUGUCGAUCGAGACAUCGUCGAGGUAGCAAGCGAUCCUUGGCAGUUUUACUAGUUGCCGACGUUCCCUGUGUACGACAGGAUGAAAACGUUCCUACAAGUUCUUCUCGUUGCGGCGUGCUUCGUCGCCUGUACACGCAGUUUCCCUCGCAGUUCCCCAAGUAUACCCAAUCCGUUUGAAGAGGAAGAUAACGACGAUCCCUACUUCUUUACUCCUCAAUUUCAAUUUCCUAUGUUAUUUGAAAGAAUAAUACAAAAUCUCAGGCGAACUUUCUCAGGAGACAUCACGAGUCUAUUCCAUGAAACAAACAUUCCUAUUCCUGAAGGCGCGAACACAACAUCCACAACCAAGAUCAUUGACGGCCAUGUGGUGACGCUCAACGAGACAACAUACUCAAGAGGCAAUGAAAACGGUGACAUCUCGUUCCGUAUUCGUAUAAUCGACGUGAAGCCACUAAACGAGACUGAAGUGAUCGGGGGAGGUAGCACGGAGCAACCGUCAGAGCCGGACCCGGGGAGCCGCGAGACGGUCGAGGAGUUCAACAACGAGAUACCGAAAAACACGGAAACGCUGACCGCUUAAAAAGUGGUCAGUCUGCUCGCGAGACACGCCGACAAUCAGCGAUGUCCGAGUGGAUUUUAUGGAGAGGAAGGAGUGACCUUUAUUUCAUGGCUGUAGUAGAGUAACUUUGAUGCCACACCGCGGUGUGUAUCAUAUUAAAAUAUAAAGCAUUACUGUAAUAUAAUAUAUAUAUA